AUGACUGGGGUUGUCCCCUUAGCUCUUGAACAUGUAGAAUCUGCUACUGAACCAGGAGCUGCCCAACAAAGAUCCCUUGACUCUCUGGCCAAACUUCUUCCUGAUAAUAGGAGAGCCCUUGAUUCUCUUUCAGCUGAGCAAGGAGGGGUCUGCAUUGUGGCCACCACUACCGCUCACUGGGACCCACACUCUGGGGAAGUUCUCAGCCCCUCCCGCACCUCUACGGUUCUGCGCCCCAGUGUCGCCGGGUACCCCUGCAGCCCUUAUAACUUAGCAGGUGCGGCCCCAGCCCUGUGUCAGCUCGCGUCUGGCCUUCCCAGUGCUCGCAACCCCACGGGGUCAGCUGGCCGGCAGUGGCUCUGCAUGGUCCCCACCAGACUCUUCCACCAAAACCUGCGCGAGGCGCUGGACGGGAGGCCCGUUGCCCCGGGGACAGGGCGGUGGGCCGAGCGGGCGGGUUCCCGCGAGGAGGCGUGUGCACGGCGGGUGUACGGGGAAAGAGCCCACGCGAGGACGCACGUGCACGGGGAAAGAAGCCUCGCGUGGCGGCGCGUGCACAGCGGUUGCACGGGAGGAGCCCCCCUCCCCGUCUCCAGCUCCGCCCCAGCUCCGCCCCAACCCCGCGCGGCGCGUACCCCUGCCAGGACCUGGGGCCGGGAGCGCCGCGGCCGGGAACUCCGAGCGCCGAGUACACCGCUGCCAGGACCCGGCGCGCGGCGCCCCGCCGUCCCCGCCCCGCGCGGCCCCGUCGCCAUCCUAGUGCCGGCCCUCGGCUCUCCGGCCGCGGUCUCCGUCCCCGUCCCUGCAGUCCGCCGCGUCCCCGGCCUCGCCCGCCCUCCGGCCGCGCCCUCCCCGAGGGCCCCCGCCGCCGCAGCCCUGGCGCUCCCCGCGGGCCCCGCCGAGGCCUCCUGCGCCCUGUGCCAGCGCGCGCCCCGAGAGCCGGUGCGCGCCGACUGCGGCCACCGCUUCUGCCGGGCGUGCGUGGUGCGCUUCUGGGCCGAGGACGACGGGCCCUUCCCGUGCCCCGAGUGCGCGGACGACUGCUGGCAGCGCGCCGUGGAGCCAGGCCGCCCGCCGCUCAGCCGCCGGCUGCUGGCGCUGGAGGAGGCGGCCGCGGCGCCCGCGCGCGACGGCCCGGCGUCCGAGGCGGCACUGCAGCUGCUGUGCCGCGCCGACGGGGGUCCGCUGUGCGCCGCCUGCCGCAUGGCCGCAGGCCCCGAGCCGCCCGAGUGGGAGCCGCGCUGGAGGAAGGCGCUGCGCGGCAAGGAGAACAAGGGGUCUGUGGAGAUCAUGAGAAAGGACCUGAAGGACGCACGGGACCUGCACGGCCAGGCGGAGUCUGCUGCCGCCGUGUGGAAGGGACACGUGAUGGACCGCAGGAAGAAGGCCCUGACUGACUACAGGAAGCUGCGGGCCUUCUUUGCUGAGGAGGAGGAGCGCUUUCUGCAGGAGGCCGAGAAAGAGGAUGGGUCCCUGGAGGACGGGGAUGCUGACCCUGCAGACCGCUUCGGGUCGCUGCUGCAGGUGGUGUCCGAGCUGGAGAGGAGGCACCGCAGCCUGGGUCUCAGCAUGCUGCUGCAGUGAUGUCCUGCCUCCCCGUGCUGGCUCCAGGCCCUAGAAGCUGCGUCCACCCUGGCCUGGCCCCCAGCAGCUCCUCCAUCUCCGCCUUCUGGACACACAGUGUGCUCCAUCCAUGAGGGUCUGCACCUAGGUGCCCACGUGGGACACGGACCACCAGUGCCCGCCUCGGGUUCAAGACCAUGUCCUUCAGCAGUGUCCCUGUCCCCUUCUCUGGGAGUCCAUGUCCCCCAGGCUGUAAACGUUUUACCAUAGAGACCUGUAACAGGGGUGUGCUCAGCCCCAAUGUGUCACGAUUCUGCAUAAAGCUCUUGUUGCUGCCA